CUGCAGACCUUCACAACACACAGCUGCAGACCUUUACAACACACAGCUGCAGACCUUCACAACACAAAAAGUAAUGCUUGUGUCGCCCAAUCUUUCGCUGCUUUUGUCCUUGCGAAUAAUAGAGUCUUUGUGUUGUCACCUGGUAUUCUCUCGUGGAGUAU